GCAGGAGAAGCUCAGUGAGAUGGAGUGUGAUCUGCGUUCUAUCCGUCAGGCAGCUCAGAACCAGGAACACACCAUCCAGGGCCUGACCGACUCUGUCAGUACCAAGGACAACGAGGCCCAGGAGUUGUACCAGUUAAUUGAGGGGCAGAACACCACACUGUGUAAACUGAGAGAGAUGGCCCACCACAACCAGAUCACGCAACAUCAGGCUCCAGAGGGAGGCAGUGAGGUUGCGGGUCUAGCCCAGCUGCAGGGUGAGUUAGUGGGGGUACAGAGCUCUCUGUUUACCCUGGGUCUGGAGCUGGAAGCCAGUCAAAGAGCUCAAAGACAGAGCCAGAGACAGGCUGAGGACCUGACCAGAGCUAAAGACAGGCUCCACUCUGACCUAAAGGAGGCACUGCAGCAUAGGGAGGUCACCGACAAACACAACAAGGACUUGCUCAGUGCCCUGGCUCAGUCCCGCUCUGCGCUGCAGGCUAAAGAGGCUCAGCAGAAGGAGAGCGAGGCAGAGAAGCACAUGGAGGUUCAGGAGAGAGACAAGAACAUCACACAGCUCAAACUCUCCCUACAGGACAAGGAGAGCCAGCUACAGGAGUACUCUGAGCUCCUGGAAUCAGUAGACAGCUCAAACCAGAGAUAUUCUGAAUGGACAAACUGAGAGAACCGCAUCAGGGACAGGGACAGAGCA